GAGGAGGAGGAGGAGGAGGAGGAGGAGGAGGAGGAGGAGGAGGAGGAGGAGGAGGAGGAGGAGGAGGAGGAGGAGGAGGAGGAGGGGGAGGAGAAGAAAGAAAACGACAAGAAGGAGGAUGAAAGGGAGAGCGAGAGGGAGAGGGAGAAAGAGAGGGAGAGGGAGAAGGAGAAAGAGAGGGAGAGGGAAGAGAGAAAGAGAAAGAGAAAGAGAAAGAGAAAGAGAAAGAAGGGGAGAAAAAAAGAGAAAGAGAAAAGAGAGAAAGAGAGAGAGAAGGAGAGGAGAGAGAGAGAGAAGGAGAGAGAGAGAGAGAGGGGGAGAAGGAGAUCCUCCUCUCUACUCCCCCUCCCCCCCCGUUCCUCCUCUCUACUCCCCCUCCUACUCGACCUGGUCCCUCCGCACUUGGUUCCUUUACCUCGCGUUCCUUCGCAUACAUUCGACCUCGUUCUCAACAACUCCUCGUCCACCUCCACUUUGCUCCUUCGCACCUCCAUUUCGACCUCGUUCUCAAGAUCUCCAUCUCGCCCUCCACAUCUCCACAUCGUCCUCCACAUUUCCGCCUCCAUUUCGCCCUCCACAUCUUCUCCACCUCGCCCUCCACAUUUCCUCCUCCACGUCGCCCACCACAUCUUCUCCACCACCUCGUCCUCCACAUCUCCUCCUCCACCUCGCCACUCCCUCUCGACCUCGUCUUCGACAUCUCGCUCUCCAGAUCUCCUCCACCUCGCCCUGCACAUCCUCUCCUCCGGUCGUCAGUGUAACCUCGACCUUUCACGGCCCCCUAGAGGUCAGCGAAGGUCAUUCUGGCACUGUCCACCCCCUGGCACCCCCUGGCACUCUCGCUCCCUGCGCCCAUUCGUAAAGGAGCCGCAUCCGGUCGCGUGUUUUAUGAGUCCUAUGGGCCUAUGA